CAGGAUUCCAUCACUGCUGUUAGCAGAUGAUGUGGUCCAGGUUGGUGUCAUCGUGUUGUGAUCUUCAGCUCUCACCGGAACGGUUCACAGUUGAGCGCUCUUUCAUUGUGCUCUGUACGAUGACAAUAAAGUUCUCUUACCUUACCUCCAAAUCUGAAACCAGUUGGGAAAGGUUAGAUUGCUCUCUCUGGAUUGGGGGUGAAUUUCUGCCUCAAGUGCAGGAGUUCAAGUAUCUUGGGGUUUUGUUCACGAGUGAGGGAAGAAUAGAGCRUGAGAUUGACUGACGGAUCGGGGCAGCGUGGACUCUACUGGUCUGUUGUGAAGAGGGAGCUGAGCUGUAAGGCAAAGCUCUCUGUUUACUGAUAGUCUACGCUCCUACCCUCAMCUUUGGUCACAAACUUUGGGUAGUGACCAAAAGGAUAAGAUCACAGAUUCAGGCAACCUAACUGAAACAAGCAGAGAGAUAAUGGAGUUAAAUUUAGAUCACUUAUGCUAACUAAAUUUUAAAAAAUAAAGUAUUUUAAAGGGUUUUUACAGCUUAUCGACAUUUUAAGAGUUGAAUAAUUCAAAAUAAUAAUUAGAUUUAUCAUUAGUAGUUGUUACAUUCUGCUGUAUGUCAUGUUAUUCAGACCACCCAUGGUCAGGAAGGAUGGCCCUGCUUCCAGAAUGAUCUUUGGUCCAAAGACUGAUCUAGACUUUUCUCUUAUCCACAUGAUUCUGGCCUGUCCUAAGUCUUCCUGCAGGGAUUGCCCCCACCAAUCGUAGGGGUAGGCGAGGGAUUAGCUCCGCAGAUUAAAGUGGCCAUCUCCAAACCCUGCUUAAUCCUGCCAUCUGUCAGAGAGCAGCAAACCAGCCAAGAACUCUCUCUUCACUGGGCUAAUUAGAAAAGCCAGAAGAGCACACUCAAGGAGAGAAUCUUCAAAAUACACAAACUUUCUCUGCUUGKUUUCGGAGGCGAUGGAGGAUAUCAGCCUUCGCAACUAUCCAGGAGUCCAGAAGAAAAUUCUGGCUGGAGGCAAAGGACCACUGCCUCAUUUUCCACCUGGGACCAAGCUUGUCUUCCACUUYCAAACUCUCCUGGACAACUUUGAGCGGACGGUCAUCGACGACAGCCGCCUGGCWGGCAGACCAGCUGAAAUCUUUGUUGGAAAGUUGUUCAAGAUGGAGAUUUGGGAGCCCAUGCUGACGUCCAUGAGGGUCGGGGAGGUGGCUGAAUUUUGGUGCGAUGCCGUUCACACAGGCCUGUAUCCCAUCGUGUCCAAGGGAAUGAGGCUGAUUGCUCAAGGCAAAGACCCCCUGGAGGGUCAGAAACACAUGUGUGGCAUGGGAAACCUGUUCCACUAUCACUCCACUGGCUUCCCUGAGCUGGAUGAGAUCAUGCGAACGCCUCAGCCGCUGAUAUUCAUCAUGGAGCUCCUGCAGGUAGGAGACCCCAUGUCCUACCACAGAGAGUCGUGGAUGAUGGACAAGGACGAGAAGCUGCAGACGGUGCCGGUCCUCCACAUGCAGGGCAACGCUCUGGUCAAGCAGAGGCGGUUCAGAGAGGCCGCCAGCAAAUACAAAGAAGCUGUGCUGCUGCUGAAAACCGUUCAGUCCAGGGAGAUGCCGGGCGAUGUAGACUACAUUAACUUGGGWCGGAUGAUUGUUCCCCUGGAGCUGAACUACUGCCAGUGCAUGUUGGAGCUGGAGGAGUACUACGAGGUCAUUGAACACACCACCGAACUGCUGGAGAAACACAAAGACUGUGUGAAGGCGUACUACAAGAGGGCCAAGGCUCACGCUGCUGUGUGGAACGAGAAGGAGGCCCAGAGAGACUUCAGGAUGGUGGGCCAGCUCGACACCACUCUGUCCUCGCUGGUCCACCGCGAGCUGAAGGCCCUGAUGGAGCRCAUGAAGGAGAAGUACUGGGAGGAGAAGGAGCAGUUCUGGAACAAGCUGGAGACAACAGAAAGCAAGAGCAAAAGGGAUGAGGAAGAGGCAGAGGAAGGGGAGCAAAAGAAGGAAGAGAACCUCGAAAGCGUCGCGACGGAGACGACGACGGGAGAUGGAUCGGCUCAGCCCGAAYGUGCCGAAGUUAACGAUGAAGCUGCGACUUCUGAGGGAGGCGAGGAGGAGGAGGAGUCAAGCUGUUCUGUCGUCAGCUUCAACGUUUGUGAUAAAACGGAGGGGAAGGACUGGCAGCAGAUGUUGCGGCUGGUCAUGUUGCUGCAGAAYGAAGGAAACUUUCACAUCAAACAAAAACACUUCCAAGAAGCUUCUGCCAAGUUUAAAGAGGCUUUAGAAUACGUGGACUUCCUGCAGAAUAAGGUACGUGUGAUGGUUUGUAAAAGAUAGAGUUUUAAAGUAAAAUGUCCACAUCUUGUCACKUUACAACCUCAAACUUCAUUAUAGGUAUGGAGGACCAAAACUGACAUAACUUAAAAUAAACAUUUUUUUAAAUAAAUACACUUAAAAUACACCACUUAGUUUAAAUAAGAAUCAUGGUAUAUA